AUGUCGCCCUCGAGGACCAGCAUCGACCCGCAAGUGCAAGAUGAACACGCCCGAAAGGUCCUGCAGCGCCAAAUCGACGGCCUGCCUGCUUCCUCGCCGGCCACCAACAGCAGCAGCGCCAGCGCCAGGACCGUCUUCGCGUAUGCAACGCCAUUCGACGUAUUGCUCAUCGCGGCCAGCACCCUCUCCGCUAUCAUUGCCGGCGCGCUGAACCCGCUGCUCACAGUCAUCUAUGGACUCUUCGUGCGCUCGUUCCAGGAUCAUGCGGAUGGGAGGGACACGGGUGCCGCCUUGUCUUCUAACGUCUCGGAAUUCACUCUCUACUACGUCUACCUAGGCAUUGCCGAAUUCGUCUUCAUCUAUAUCGCCACCGUGGGCUUCUACCACUCGGGCGAGCGCAUCACCCGCAAUCUACGCCGCGCGUAUCUGAAAGCGACCAUCCGACAGAACAUUGCCUUCUUCGAUAGUCUGAAUGCAGGCCAGGCCACCACGCAUAUUACCUCAGAUAUGAAUGUCAUCCAGGAAGGAAUCUCCUCGAAGAUCGCACUGUGCCUUACCGCGCUUGCGACAUUUAUCUCUGCCGUCGUGAUCUCGUUCAUCAUGUACUGGAAGCUCGCUCUGAUUCUGAUUUCCACGGCGGUCCUCCUCGCAGGCGCAGAGUCUGUAGGUGGCAUCUUCGCCGUCAAAUACAGCAAGCAGAGCUCGGCCGCACUGAGCAAGGGCUCCGCGGUAGCGGAAGAAGUAAUCAGCUCCAUCCGCCAUGUAAACGCAUUCGGGAUCCAGAAGGUCAUGAGCCAGCGGUACGGGGCGCAUCUAGCAACAGCAGAGAAAUGGGGCGUGAAGACGCGUCUGGCGAUCGCGGUGAUGAUUGGCACGAUCAAUGCAGUGCCGUAUCUCAGUUACGGGCUGGCGUUCUGGCAAGGCUCGCGGUAUGUCGUGAGCGGGGAGAUGAGUGCGUCUUCGGUGGUCACGACGACUAUGGCGUCGAUUAUCGGGGCAUUUGCGGUGGGCAGGGUUGCGCCGAGCGCGGAGUCGUUUAUUCAUAGUAUUGCCCAUGCUGGGGUGAUUCUUAAGGCGAUUGCGCGGCGGUCACCACUGGAUCUGUUUGAUACGGAGGGGAAGCAGUUGGCUAGUGUGCUGGGAGACUUGGAGCUGCAGAAUGUGAGCUUGGUUUAUCCGUCGAGACAGACGGUGGAAGUCCUCAACCGGGUCAAUUUGCAAUUCCCGGCGAACAAGGUCACGGCGCUGGUUGGGGCGUCGGGGUGUGGGAAAAGUAGUAUUAUUGGGCUGUUGGAGCGGUUCUACGAGCCGACGGGGGGUGUUAUCACAUUGGAUGGGCACCAGAUCAAUGACUUGAAUCUCAACUGGCUUCGACAGCAAAUGUCCUACGUGAACCAAGAGCCCCUACUAUUCAAUAGAAGCAUUUUCGCCAACAUCCUUCUUGGUCUGAAAGAUCCAGCAGGGCCAGGCUCGGAGAAGGAAGCACAGAAACUAGUGUAUAAUGCUGCUCGAAUCGCCAACGCGCACGACCUUAUCACGGCGCUGCCCCAAGGCUACCAGACAGAGGUAGGGGCGAAGGGGCUCCAAUUGUCAGGCGGGCAGAGACAGCGGAUCUGCAUUGCACGAGCGGUUAUCAGUAACCCUAAGAUACUUCUGCUGGACGAAGCGACCUCUGCUCUUGACGUCAGGUCGGAGAGAGCUGUGCAGUUAGGGCUGGAUCUGGCCGCGAAGGAUCGGACCACGAUCGUUAUUGCACAUCGCCUGUCGACUGUUCGUAAUGCGGAUAGAAUCAUUGUCAUGUCUCAUGGCUCUGUGUUGGAACGGGGAAGCCACGAUGAUCUGAUUAGCCAGAAGGGGGUCUAUGCCCGGCUUAUCGAGACUCAGCAACUCGGGGGCGUCCCAGAGGAAGAGAAAAACACAAUACUCGAAGAAGAGAACAUGGAUGUGGCCAUCCUAGACGAGAAGGCUGACAUCGUAUAUGUUAACGAGCAUCAUCCGGAGCGUAGAGAAGUCGUCGCAGCUGAGACGCAUACAAGGCCCACAUUCAAGACAUACCUUCAAGUCGUAGGCAGGCUCAACAGAGAUGAAGCUCCUGUCAUCAUCGCCGGCCUAGCGCUUUGUAUCCUUGCGGGAUUCGUCAUUCCAGCCCAAUCCGUCUUCUUCGCCGAAGCAAUCACCGCCGUCUCCCUCCCAGCAUCACACUACCCCAAACUCCGCGACGACGUCAACUUCUGGUGUCUCAUAUUCCUCAUGAUCGCCAUCGUCGCCUUCAUCGCCUGGGUCGGGCAAGGCAUCUGCUUCUCCUACAGCACCGAGCGCCUCGUCCACAAAGCCCGCGCCGAAUCCUUCCGGUCCAUCCUGCGCCAAAGCGUCGCCUUCUUCGACACAAAAGACCACUCCUCCGGCGCGCUGACCUCCUUCCUCGCCACCGCGCCAACAGACCUAACAGGCCUCAGCGGCGCCAUCAUCGGCGCAAUCCUCACGUUCGUCGCGACCAUCGCGGCGGGAAUCGUCCUCUCGCUCGCAAUCGGCUGGAAACUCGCGCUCGUUUGCACGGCUACAAUCCCCGUCGUCACAGGCUGCGGCUACAUCCGGCUCCGCAUGCUCGCGCUCUUCGAUAGCAAGGUCCGCAAAACCCACGAGGAGGCAGCCAUGUACGCCAACGAGAUCGUCACCGCGAUUCGCUCCGUCGCGGCUCUCACCCUCGAAGCCCACGUGCUGGAAGAAUACAGCGUGAUCCUCGCAACACAGGCCGCGCGCUCACUGCGCUCGAUCCUCAAGGCGUCGACCCUGUACGCGGCGUCGCAGUCAUUCACAUUCUUCGGCGCCGCCCUGGCCUUCUGGUUCGGCGGGCGACUGGUCUCCAGCGACGAGUACUCCAUGCUGCAGUUCUACAUCUGCUUCGCCGCGCUGAUUUCGGGCGCACAGGUUGCCGGCGCGGUGUUUUCCUACGCGCCGGAUAUGAGUAAGGCGUUGCACGCGGGUGCUGAUCUGAAGACGCUUUUCGAUCUUGUUCCUGCUAUCGAUACCUGGAACGAUUCUACUUCUGGUUCUGGUACCGAAAGCUCUGGAAGGAUUGAAAUUGUCUAUGCAAGCUUCCGUUAUCCAACGCGACCGGAGAGGUUAGUUCUAGAUCGGUUCAGUGUCUCUAUCCAGCCAGGGCAGUACGUGGCCUUGGUUGGCGCGAGCGGGAGUGGGAAGAGCACGGUGAUCCAGCUUCUCGUGCGCUUCUUUGAUCCAACAGAGGGGAAGAUCUUCGUCGAUGGGCAGGAUAUCUCCCAGGUUAAUGUCAAUGAGUAUCGCCGGUUGGUGUCGCUGGUCAGCCAGGAGCCGACGCUAUACGAGGGUUCGAUUCGAGACAACCUCGUGCUGGGGACGGAGCGGGACGUGAGUGGAGAGGAGAUCGUGCAGGCAUGCAAAGAGGCCAAUAUCUACGAGUUUAUUACGUCUCUGCCCGACGGCUUCGCCACGACCGUUGGCACAUCGGGGACGCUGUUGAGCGGUGGCCAAAAGCAGCGGCUCAGUAUUGCCCGGGCACUGCUUCGAAAGACCAAAAUCUUGCUUCUUGAUGAAGCAACGUCGGCGCUGGACUCUGAGAGUGAAAGAGUCGUCCAGGAGGCCUUGGACCGCGUCGAGAAGCAGCGCACCACCAUCGCGGUCGCGCAUCGGCUGAGCACAAUUCAGCACGCGGAUCUGAUUUGCGUGCUUGACCAGGGACAGGUCGUGGAGAGGGGCACUCAUGCGCAGUUAAUGGGGAAGAGGGGGGCGUAUCAUGACCUCGUUCAGAUGCAGAGUUUGGAGCAGCGUCGGACAUAG